GAGUAGACAACAAAAGCAAAAGAGAGAGCACAGGUCAAACCCGGUCUCCGUUGGUCACAGAAAAUUCAGUGGGCAAGUGUGAAAAAUUGGCAGAACAAAGAUGAAAAAUUUGGGAAUGCGAUUUGCUGAAGUGGUUGCAUGUGUUGGGGAUGCGGCAGUUGGUGCAUCAUCCACUUCUCCAGAACUAUCAAUCAAGGUUCGAGGCAGCUUUCAGUGGGGUGGAACCCUCUCUGCCUUGAUUUUGUUGUUCUUGAACCGAAUAGGCCGGAGAUCAUCUUUUCAAACUACCCUUCUAGUAUUAUAUCUCUUUACAAGUUUCCCAACUGCGCUGUUCAAAAUUCUAAGAGGACAAUUUGGUUGUUGGAUUGCCUUUCUUGCUGUCGUAGCAAACCUCUUCUGGCCUGAAACCUUUCCAGCUUCUCGUUUUCUCCUAUUUGUGGUUGCUCCUGAUUGGUUGGCUGAUGAACUACGGGGUAGCAUCUGCAGUGGUAUUCUUUGCCUCCUAAUUGGAGUUUUACUUGUAAUAACAAAGGUGAGAGGACUUGGUAAUGGCCUAUGUGACUGCCACUGCUUUUGUUAUUGUCUUGGCAUAGCUUUGCUGUUCUACUUUACAAUACGGUAUCUGUGCUUGGAAACCUGGUAGUCAAAUUGUUCUGUUGGGAGGGGUGUUACUUCCAAACUUGUAGAUCUUUUUAUGAGCUUUCUAGGGGCUCUACAAUUAUAAAUGAAUUUUCUUGAUUAGUGCAUACAAACUUCAAUUA